CUUGUGAUGGCCAUUUCAAUAAUUUACUUCCUCCAAUGGCUUUACAAUUCAAAACCUACAUCCUCAUCAUCCCCCAUCUUUUUACACUGACAGUGUUUUCCGCCCCAGAUAUCACUGAUAUCACUGCCCCUGCUCAGGGUGGUGCUGGUGGUCACAUUAAAGGUGGUGCUGGUGUUAACCCACACGUGGUGGACGGAGGAUCCGAUUAUGCAAAGCCAGAGAUCGAGACACAUUUUCUGGGAAAAUGGGUGCUUGAAACCGCUGAUGUGCGUGUCAGUGCAAUGCAAUUACAGUUAAUGCCUAACGAUCAGGUCAUCUGGUAUGAUGCAACAUCGCUCGGGCCUUCAGCCCGAAAACUUGAACCCGAAGGAACAUGUCCAAUUAACCCGGACGCAAAUAACCAGCCUGAUUGCUACGCUCAUGCUGUUGCUUACGACUGGAAAACCAAAAAAAGUAGAACGAUAGUGCUGUCUGGUGAACCAUGGUGCUCGUCAGGAAACUUGUGGCCUAAUGGUAAUAUGGUGGCUACCGGAGGUACCUUCACUGGUGUAAAAGCUGUUAGAAUGCUGCCUAUGAAUGAUUUGAAAGCAAACUUCAUAGAAAAGCGAAAUGUUCUUGGCGACUACAGAUGGUAUGCAACCAAUCAGAUUUUAGAAGAUGGGAGCUCACUGGUUGUCGGAGGUCGCGAGGCUUUCAGCUAUGAAAUCGUGCCACCUUCACUCGACUUCAAACCGAACAAAAUCGACUUCCCUUUCCUUAAACAAACAUGCACACCCGGUAAGGGACCAAACAAAUUCAUAGAGAACAACCUUUACCCGUUCGUUUUCCUCCUUCCCGACGGCAACGUAUUUGUUUUUGCCAACGACAGGGCGGUCACCUUUAAGCCAUUAACAGGAGAGAUCCUUCAAGAACACCCUGUGUGUCCAGGUGGAUCACGUAACUACCCUCCUUCCGGCAGUUCUGCUAUUCUCCCAUUCAAGCUCUCUGCUGAUAACAAGCACCCCCUUAAUGUUGAGGUUGUCAUUUGUGGUGGUAACAAGCCUGAUGCAUUUGAAGUGGUCGAUGCAAAGCAUGUUAAAGAAAAGGUGUACGUACCUGCACUUAAAGACUGCCAUAGAAUCCACCCAAUGAAGAAAGAUGCAAAAUGGGAGCCUGAACAAGAUAUGCCAACACCUAGGAUCAUGGGUGAUCUUUUACACCUCCCCACCGGAGAUCUCAUUAUGAUAAAUGGCGCCAAGAAGGGUACCUCUGGUUGGGAAGAUGCCACAGACCCUAACUUUACACCUCUUUUGUAUCAACCAUAUAAACCAAUGGGUAGCAGGUUUAAAGAACUGAAUCCGACAAAAAUUGCUAGGAUGUAUCAUUCCUCCUCAGCAUUGUUACCGGACACUAAUGUAUUGGUCGCUGGUAGCAAUCCACACCAGUUCUACACCGUGAAUGCCGAGUUUCCUACAGAAUGGAGGGUUGAAAAGUUCUCCCCUCCUUACUUAGAUCCUAAGCUCGAUAACCAAAGACCGGUAAUAGAUGCAAAAGGUACAGAUAAGGUGUUAAAGUAUGGAAAGCCAUUUAAGAUUGUAGCUAGUCUCCCAUCGAAAGAACCUAUGGUGCUGGGAGAGAUUAAGGUAACCAUGUUGUAUCCACCAUUCACGACUCAUGGUUUCUCACAAAACCAGAGGAUGGUUGUUCCCACAUUGACGGAUGUUGUUGGUAACGUUAUAACUGCGUUGGCACCUCCAUCAGGAAAGAUUGCUCCUCCUGGGUACUAUAUUUUAUUUGUAAAUCGCCUUGGUGUCCCAGGAAACGGUAUUUGGGUACACAUUGAGUAG